CCUCACCUCAUCUGAUCAUCCAUCAUGACCGCCAACGGAAUCAACGGCACCAAUGGUGUCACACCCUCUCCCUCGCUGCACGUCGUGGACAGUCGCACGGGUCAAUACUAUGAGAUCCCCAUUGUGCACAAUGCCAUCCAUGCCAGCGAAUUCAAGCGCAUCAAAGCCCCUCUCAAUGAAGACUACUAUCCCGACCAAACGGAGAACGGCAUCCGCGUCUUUGACCCGGGCUUUUCCAACACCGCCGUCAAAGAAAGCAAGAUCACCUACAUCGACGGCACCAAAGGCAUCAUCCAAUACCGAGGGUACUCGAUCGACGACAUCAUCCACCAGGGCAAAUCCUUCAUCGACACCGUUCACCUGCUAAUUUGGGGACACUGGCCCUCUCCCAUUGAAGCCAAGAAACUGCAAAUCCGCAUCUCCGAUGCCAUGACCCUCGAUGGAAGUGUCUACCAAGUCAUCCGCUCAUUCCCUCCCUCCGGCUCCAUCAUGGGUAUGAUCAUCGCAGGCCUGUCUGCCCUCCAAUCCACACAAAUGCACACCGUGCCCGCCCACGCCGCCAAAAACCUCUACCUGGGAAAUCCCUCGGCCGUAGACGAGCAGAUCAUCACCGUCCUAGCAGCCCUACCCAUGAUCAGCGCCAUCGCCUACUGCCACCACCUCAACCGACCCUUCACCCCUCCACGCCGCGACCUCUCCUACAUCGAGAACCUCUUCCUCAUGACCGGUCACGUCGACCCUAAAACCUCCCUCCCAAACCCCCGCUACGUCAGCUACUUCGAGCGCCUCUGGGUGCUCAUCGCCGACCACGAAAUGACCUGCUCCACCGCUGCAAUGCUCCAAACCGCAUCCUCCCUCCCGGACGCCAUCUCCUCCCUCAUCUCCGCCAUCAGCGCCAUGUACGGCCCUCUACACGGGGGCGCCAUCGAAGUGGCAUACCGCGACAUCGCCGCCAUCGGAUCCAUCCCCGCCUGCCAGGAGAAAAUCGACCGGGUCAAAUCCGGCAAGGAGCGUCUCUACGGCUACGGACAUCGAGUGUACCGGGUGACUGAUCCCCGGGCCGUGCACAUCCAGGCCGUAUUGGCCGAGUUGCAGGAGGAAAUUGCGCAGGAUCCGUUGCUGAAGGUGGCAUUCGAGUUGAAUCGCUUGGCUGCCGAUGAUGAGUAUUUUGUGAAGAGAAAGUUGAAGCCCAAUGCGGAUUUGUUUGCCGCGUUUACGUAUGGCGCUAUGGGAUUCCCGGAGGAGUUUAUUCUCCCGAUUUCGAUUAUUUCGAGGACGCAGGGUUUCUUGGCGCAUUGGAGGGAGGCGAUGAGUGGCACUGCGAAGAUUUGGAGACCAGGACAGGUUUAUGUUGGGGAGGUGGAUCGGAAGUUUGAGUGAUGGCUGUGUAGGUAGUG